AUGAAUAACUUUGUUCUCUACUUUCUUCUUCUUCUUCUGUUGUCUACUGUUGUUGAUGCCGCCAACACUGCAGAGUCUCCUCUUUCUUCAAUAAUUGCUCCACAGAUUUCUCCAGUUUAUUCAUCAAUGGCAGCCUUCUCUCCAGGUAUUGAAGUAGGAAGAGGAAAGCACGGCAUGGGUUUAAAAAAGAAGCUGCUUUUAACGUUAAUUACUGCUUCCACAGCUAUGGGAACAGUCAUUUUGUUUCUUUUGUGUUUCUGGGUUUAUCAUAGGAAGUACACAAACAAAUCCAAGGAGAGAAGGGGUCAUAGCUCAGAUGUUGCAAAAGGGCUUGCAUUAUCUCAGCUUCGAUUCUUGGGUAAAUACAAUACUUUCAAGACAAGUUGUAGAAAGGGAUCUGUAACUACAAUGGAAUACAUGGUGUUAGAAUCAGCAACCAACAAUUUCAGUGAAAGUGAAAUCUUGGGUGUGGGGGGAUUUGGAUGUGUGUACAAGGCUAAGUUAGAAGAGAACUUAUCUGUGGCUGUGAAGAGACUCCAUGGGGGAACUUCAGACGCCAUAAGAGAAUUUGAGAAUGAAGUAAAGUUGUUGAGCAAUAUUCAGCACCCGAAUAUAAUUUCUUUGUUGGGUUGUAGCAUUCAUGCAGAAAUAAGGCUUCUUGUUUUUGAACUGAUGCAGAAUGGAUCUCUGGAAACUCAAUUGCAUGGACCUUUGCGUGGAUCUGCAUUAACGUGGCAUCUUCGGAUGAAAAUUGCCCUUGAUGUAGCAAGAGGAUUAGAAUAUUUGCAUGAGCACUGCCAUCCACCAAUAAUUCAUAGAGAUCUGAAAUCAUCUAAUAUUCUUCUAGAUUCCAACUUCAGUGCUAAGCUUUCAGAUUUUGGUCUUGCUGUACGCGAUGGUGCCCAGAAGAGUAGCAACAUUAAACUUUCAGGAACUUUGGGUUAUGUAGCCCCCGAGUACCUUUUAGAUGGUAAAUUAACAGAUAAAAGCGAUGUUUUUGCAUUUGGAGUUGUUUUACUUGAGCUUCUACUGGGAAGAAAACCUGUGGAGAAACUGGCACCAACUCAAUGCCAAUCUAUCGUCACAUGGGCGAUGCCUCAACUCACUGAUAGAUCCAAACUUCCAAACAUUGUAGACCCUGUGAUCAGAAACGCAAUGGAUUUAAAGCACCUGUAUCAGGUUGCUGCUGUUGCUGUAUUAUGCAUUCAACCAGAACCGAGCUAUCGUCCAUUGAUAGCAGAUGUAUUGCAUUCUCUUACCCCCCUUGUUCCCAUGGAGCUUGGUGGCACCCUCAGAAUUGCAAAACCGGCGCCACCUGCAGUCACCACAAUGCCUUCCAACAACUGA